CAAUCAAAGUGGGGGUUAAAGGUAACGGAUAACGAAGGGAAAGCCGAAAGACGGCAGGCGAACGACGACGAUCGAGACGAAGAACACGGUGAAAAAAAAACGGAGCUACCGAACACAAAGGGGAGAGGAACCCCUCAGAUACGAGCGGUGUACCCGAGUGCGCGCCAAGGAUAGCUUUGAUCUCGGUUUCGUCGUAAUCAACGAGUACCCGGUGAAACGAAAACGGUGAGUGCGCGGAAGAUGAAGCAGCAGCAGCUGGCAGACUCGCCAGCGGCACGGUGUCGGUGUUGAGGCACUCGACCCGGUCUCCGUGUCCGGGCGUGUCUUCGGCAUCGAGGCACCGAGAGAUCGGCACCGGUGACAGCCGAUAUGAGUUCGAAAUUCAUAAUCGAUAGUAUGCUACCUAAGUACCAUCAGCAGUUCCAUCAUCAACAGUUGUUCUCGAGCGCGAAUCCAGGCACGAUCCAGGCGUGCACGACUAGCCCGGCUACCGCCAGUUUAGAGUCCAGUUUAUCCGCGGCUGCAGUCGCGGCCGCGGCAGUGAAUUACGCGCAACAGCACAACUCGCCAAGCCCGACAGGUUCGAGUCCACAGCACUCAGGAAGUUCCGCGUCUACGUCACCGGCCGCACGAACAACAUCUAGCAUGUAUCCUUACGUAUCGGCGGCGGCUGCCCAUCACCAUCAUCAGCAGCAGCAAGCCGUCGCGGCGGCGGCUUUUGGAGCCACGUCCAGCAUGGUGCCAGGCUUCGGUUCCACCGCUGCUUCGAGCGCUGCGUUGGCCGCGGCCGCGGCCGUCGACGCCGCAACUGGCGACAAGUCUUGCCGUUACACCGCCAGCCUCACUGGAAAUGUCGCGCCGACAUCCGCCGACCCCAUGGUCAACUAUACCCUCAGUCAUCAUCAUCAGAACGGAGCUACACCCGGCAGCCUGGUCUCAUCGGCAUCCGCAUCGUCCGCCGUCUCAGCAGCUUCCGCGUCCAUGGCCGCCGCCGCGCAGUUUUAUCAUCAGGCCGCCGCAGCGUCGGCCGUCGUCGAUCCCUUGACGUCCUGCCAACAACCCACCACCGGACAGCCCGGCAUCUCGGACAUACCACGGUACCCGUGGAUGUCGAUCACCGAUUGGAUGAGCCCCUUCGACAGAGUCGUGUGCGGGCCGAACGGCUGUCCGAGGCGUAGGGGUCGGCAGACCUACACGCGGUUCCAGACCCUGGAGCUGGAGAAGGAAUUCCACUUCAACCACUACCUGACGCGACGGCGGCGAAUAGAGAUCGCGCACGCCCUGUGCCUGACGGAACGGCAGAUCAAGAUCUGGUUCCAGAAUCGGCGGAUGAAGCUGAAGAAGGAGCUAAGGGCGGUGAAGGAGAUCAACGAGCAGGCCAGGCGGGAACGGGAGGAGCAGGACAUGAUGAAGAAGCAGCAGGCGGAGAAGCAGGCGAAGAUGCAGCAGGACCAGCAGAGCGCCGCCCUCCAGCAUCAGCAGCAGCAGCAUCACGUCAGCGGCCUGGACAAGACGCAGAGCGAUCUUCUGAAGGCGGUCAGUAAGGUGCCCACAUAGGAGACUUUGCUUGGCCGGUUGUCUUUCUUUUAAAGAAGAAACGAGAGACUGGACGCCGUACCGUAGAUGGGCAGACAUCGACGACGAGUAGCCGGUAAGGUCGCUUAUGUAGAAGACCUUGACGAAAAGAAGCCGUACCUCUUCUUCCUCUUCCGAAGCCGACCAGGAUUCCACGGGGGCUUCCCGAGUGAUCUCUGUUCUCUUUUCCGUUUUGUACUCGAGGUGAAAAGAAAACGGGAAGAAACUUUUCGCGGGGGUUUGGGAGAAGGACUACUGAGACAGUGUGAAUCGAUAAGGGUAACAAAGAGGAGGAAGACGGAGGUAAACGUAGGCGCGCGACGAUGUUUGGGAAGGCUUCGUCUGUCUCUUUUGGUUUCUUUUCUAACGGAAGAAAGGAACGAAGGGAGAAGCAGAAUGCACGCAGAAAAAAACCGCAAAUAAUCGUAUAGAUCGUUAGACAACCCGUAGUAGAAACGCGAAGCGUAGAAGAAGUAAAGCACACCCUCAAACUACGUACUUAUUUGGCUGGGCCAAAGGAGGACCUAGCCUGCGACUGAUUCCUAGAACGUAUAAUGUAUAAUUGUUAAUCGGGCGCUGCGCGACGAGUCACGAGCGACACCAACAGCAACAACAGGACGAGCAGUCGACGCGAGAAAUGAUAACUGCCAAGUACACACGAGGAGCCAACGAUCGCGUCGAGAGAUCAUCGACGACCUAGAAUUAGUUUAAACGAGCGGAAGCCGAAGGAUUACAACGCCAGGCUGUCGGGAGAUGUUGUUUACGGCAGUCGCCGACGAGACGAUCAAUUAAUAGAGACGGAGAAGAUCCGUCUGCGGUAGGGAGCAAUUAAGCGAGGCUGUCGAAGAAUUCGUCUAAUUGCGCCGAACGAUCAAGGGGAGCAAAGGGGUCGGCUCGUCGUCUCCGCCACGCGCGGGGAGCAAGAAUGAAACGUUCACCGAAACGCCUGAAUUAGGAAAGAUUCCCAAAACAUCCAGGUCCAAACGUCAUUCAAUCAAGGGUUAUUCCUCGAGAUAGAGCCAAGACGAACAUGACAGUAUAUACAUCCUAAAGCAGAUGGUUUUUGAGUUAUAUGGAUACGUUGAAACCAGAGAGCAAGGGCAACCGAAGGCGCAUGUGCUCCAACGUUCGCCAACGUUCGUCAAGGUUAGAACACAUGUGCCACCGAUAGCCUUGACUCUUCGUUCACACGUAUCUUAGUAUCUGAAGACCUCUGAAUCUCGAUACUCCCUUCGUGACAUCCAGAUACAAAUUUUCAGUCCGUCUGGAACUGUCCACGGGAAUUUGCGAUUCUUGUACACGGGAGUCAUCGUUCCUCGAGUUCGAGGCGUUCUUUUCCUCGAGGUAGAGCCAAGGCAGCUCGCUCAGCUGUUCGCGAUGCAACUCGUUGGAACGACGAAUGUAUCUUUCGAGGAAUCGCAUACUCCAGGUAUCUCUCGGGUACGCAUACCUUGUUCGGAUACCGAGGCACGAUCGCCUGGCAGACAGCUGCUGAACGGGCACACACGGUGAUCCGCGGUGCUGGCCAACUUCUUUUGCCCCGAGAGGAAUUUAGUGGUACAAAUCGAUGAUGCCAUUCGCCGAGCUCUCCUUUUACAGAGUUAAUUAGCCGUGGUUUACGCUCGCGAUUACCUCUCUCCGUGACUUCGCGUUGCAAUUAGGCGAAUUAACCGUCGCUACCGAGAAUAUCUCUUGGCGUUUCGACGUCAGCGCGAACCGCGCGGGAGUUUGCCGCGCUGACGCAAAAAUCCUUUUGCCCUGGACCCGUUGCGGAUCGGUGUUUCUUUUCCUUCUUGUUUUUUUUUUUAAUUUCUUUUUUAUUAUUUUUUACGUUCCCAUGACCCCGAUCGCGCAUGCUCGCGAAACGUUUGAAAAUCAACGGGAACACUGUACAGAGGGCGUCCAGGAAAUCGUGGUACGAUCGGCGAGGAGCAGAUUCGUCGUGAAAAGGCAAGUACACCUUGGUCAAAGAUGACUGCAUACCUUAGCAUAUAAAAAUAUUACUAUUCGUUGAUAAUCGUGACAAAUAAUCCUAUACUUAACUUUGAUAGCAAUUGUUGGCAUUGAAUCUUGUUCUACUCGGUUGUAUUACGAUUUAUCGAACACUCUCUAGAAUUGCUCCGAUUGGAAGAGUCAAGUCAAUCGCUUGGCUUGUCGAUACAGAGAUCAAUUGAACAUUGAACCGUGAAAAUUUAUUUUUUUUACUAAUCAUAAUGAAAGUUUGUCGACCACGAUGAGCAGUACAGUGUUCGUCGAUUUUACCUACGUUUCGCACAGUCGAAGUAUUCCGUAAACUUCUCACACCCUCGGAAAGAAACGCCGAAAGGAGCUAGGAGCAAUUUGAUGGACGAUUAGUUUCGACGAACGGGACAAUAUCGAUUUUAUAGAAUCGAGAAUUGGAAUCUGAACGUUUUGGAUAGAGUCGAUUCGGGACAAGGCUGACUCGUCGACGAGCAUCUACAUUCGUUUAUAUCGCUUCAGUUAGAUCUCAGAGGAUAUCGCGCAAGGUAUCGCUAAGGCUUUUAUUAAUACAAGAUAACUUGUAUAGAAAGCAGUACGUUUUCCAUAUUAUCUAAGAUAAUUUAUCGAAACGCCAUCCGAGGAUGUUUAUCCUUACUUGCAUCGCGUUAACGAUCCACGAUAUCGUCCACGGGGGAACUCGGAACGCGACGUUUCGUUUAUAGAAAUUUAUUUUCCGAUCCACGUUUUGUUUUCCCUUUCUAUUAGUUUUGUUCUCUCUGAAUAAUGUUAUUCGCUCACUUCGCGGGUGGUAUGUUAAUUAUUUCUUCUGUUAAUUUUACGUAGUGUUAACAUAGUUUAUAUCGACGACCACAUCGAAUCGAACGGGAUCGCUGGAAAGUACCGAACGACGAUUUCGUCGAGUCUUUGCUUUUGAAAAAAAGAAAAAAGAUCUUCAAUGUCUCGUUUCGUUUUCAAUCUCUUAUUACAUCGUUUUAUCGUUUCGCCCAUCGUCCACGGGACAGCAACGUUAGACACACAGAUUUUCCAGGAAAAAUGAAAGGGAGAAGGACUGGGAAAUGACUACGAGAAAGCAGAGGUGGGCAAAAUUCUUUCUUAGAUCAAAAUUUACUUCGCUGUUCGUUGAGUAAAAAUUAGUUUCAAUUUCAGAACGAAUUUACGUCACUUGAGUAAACUGUUUAGUGGAACGAAGUUGUUAUUGUUAUCGGUUAUUCGAAUAAAAGUUUGCCCAUCUCUGAAGGCGUGUUUAGACCAAAGUGCGAAUGCUAUUGCCGAGCACAUGCGGUCUAAACGCUCCUCGAG